AUGGCAACCGAGUUUAUCGGAUACAACGUCCUUGUGACUCUUAAAACGCCACCAAAUGCGACGGUCCAAGGGCAAGUGGCUAAUGUCAUCGGUCAGCGUCUGAUCCUCCAAAAUGUGACGCUUUCGUGGACCGGUCAGUUUCUACCGACGUUCUCUCUCGACGCGCCCGACAUAGCAGAUUUAUCUCUUGGGCCGUCAAAAAGCUCCGCACCGCCAGCUCAAUAUGCACCUCCACCAAGCGAGACCCCCAAAGCCCCCCAGACUCAGCCCUUCGUCGACCCGGCCAUUCUAAGCUUCUCGAAGCCUCCCGCGACCCAACCUGGCAAUAUUGAACCGGGCGGACCCGUCCCUCCCACGGUCCCGAGCUCACAGCAGGUCUACCCGCCGCAGCAACAAAUUCGCCCGGGGAAUGUGAACCUUACCGCUGCGCUUUCAGAGCCCUUCAGUAAUCUUGAACUUGACACGGGCAAUCGGACGACCGCAGCGUACAGCGCGACACAGGAAAAUGAAUUGGACGGAUCUGCUCCCAUUGAGACAAGGAACCGCGGAGGUAAUAAGGGAAAACCUCGAGUGGACGGCGGCGCUACCUCGAAUACGAACCCCAGGUCCAAGGGCUGGCGUCAGACGGCGUUUGUUGAGCCUGCGGAGCCGCAAUCGCGCAAAGAGAAAGCUGCACAACUUAAUGGACGACGGCGCAAGAAGAAGGGUCGACAGGCUUAUGUCGACGAUCCCAAUGGCUGGGCCACGGAGGAUCCGACCGACAUUCAAGAAAUGGGAGAAUUUGACUUCCAGAGCAACUUGUCGAAAUUCGAUAAGAGACGGGUGUUUGAAGAGAUCAGGAAUGAUGAUACUACCGCGGACGAAGAACGAUUGGUGAGCUUCAACAGGAAGACUCCCAAGCCGGGAACCAAUGGCGGAAAGAACCUGCACUGGACCGAAAAUGUACUGGAUAGUCCCCAGGAAAGCGAGGCCGGUGAUACCGAGCAAGAAGUCAGCGAUACCAAGCUGAGCAGUGGCACAUAUUCCGGAUCGAGACUCGGUCCGACUCGAAAGAGCAGUGCGAUACUGGGUCAACCUCUAGUACCCCAGCAGGUCAAUUCCCUUAGCCGCAAUCAACUCAGCACAUCUCGCACCACGAGUCCCAUGUCGGGCAAGAAUUCCAUCUCAGCAUCUCAAGUGAAUGUUCCAGGUGGAUCCGGGGCGUCUUUGCGGCUUACCACCACUAAUCGAAGUUGUCCUACUGUGAACCCAUUGCAGGCUUUCGAGGUUGAGCAGAUUGCCGUUGCAGAACUUGGCCUAACAGAGGACAUGAUUACGGAGAAUGCUGGGAGAUGUAUUGCGGAGGCUGCUGUUGGCUUAUUGCCUAACGAUUCUGCUGCCCCGACAAUGCUGGUCCUUGCGGGAAACCACAAAACUGGAGCUCGUGCUAUCUCCGCAGCCCGCCAUCUUCGCAAUCGAGGUCAUCGCGUAACCGCAUGCAUGUUGGGUCUACAGCUAGAAGGCGAACUACUGGAAAGUUGCCGUAAGCAGCUGGACGUGUUCAAGAAGGUUGGCGGUCGAGUAUUGCGUUGGGAAGAACUAUCGGCGCGGCUGUCGAGUAACGACUUUGAGCCUGAUUUGGUUCUUGAUGCCUUGUUUGGCAUGCACAUUGCUUUUGAAGACCUUCGCACCGAUCAGCAGACCACGGCUUUUGAAAUGAUUUCGUGGGCUAACCGAAGCAAUGUCGACAUGCUGUCUGUCGAUAUCCCAUCAGGCUUCUCUGCUGCCAGUGGUGAGGUGACUCUACUUGAAACUAGUCGACUAUGCAUCAACUCCAAAUCGGUCGUUUGCCUAGCCGCACCUAAAACGGGUGUGAUGAAUGCCUUGCUCUCCGGAGAAGGACAAUCGUGGAAUAUCUCCGUCGCAGACAUCGGAAUACCGCAGGUCGUAUGGAGGAAAUACGGAACACGCCGUCGCCAUGGUAUUGAUUUUGGAAAUCGCUGGGUGGUGCCCCUUCGCUAUCAGCCACCUGUCGUCUAG